AUGGAGGAGAUCGAGAGACGCUUCCAGGCGCUCGAGGGAGCGUUGCAGGCUGCAGAACAACGGGUGCAGGCUGCAGAGGAGCGCGCCCUGGCGGCGGAGUCAGCAGCAGCGAGCGCAGGCGCCGCCGUGAACAGGCCCGUGGCAGCGGCGAGGGCCGCGCCUCAGGAUCUGGUGGACACUCGGCUUCUGGCGAAGCCGAAGGCGUUCGGAGGCAGCGAGGACGAGUGGCCAGGGUGGAGCUUCAAGAUGCUCGCGUACCUCGGGGCCCUCGACGAGCAGAUGGCCAACGAGCUGACAGCAGCCAUGACGUUCCCGCUGGAGGAGGUGAGGAACGCGAGACUCCUGGAGGAGGGAGCGAGUCAGCGCAGUCGCCAGCUGUACUUCAUCCUCGUCCUGCUGCUGGAAGGAGCCGCGCUGCAGCUCAUCAAGCCAGUCGGCGUCGGAGAAGGUUAUCGGGCGUGGAGGACGUUGCAAGACAUGUACGAGCCCGACCGACCAGGUCGCCAUGCAGGACUGCUGCAAGAGCUGAUCGCGUUCCAGUUCCCAGAGGACAACAUCGUGGGGAUGCUGGCGGACUUCGACUUCAAAGUCACGAAGUACGAGAGCCAGAGCCACGAGAGGAUUGGGGACAGGAUCAAGAUGGCGAUCCUCCAGAGGGGGAUUCAGGACGAGGCUCUUCGAGCGCAUCUGGUCCACAAUGCGUCGAGGCUGGUCACGUGGGAGCUCAUGCGCAACGAAGUGCACAUGGUGAUCUCGACGAGGAGCGCCAUCGCAGCAGUGCCGCCACCAGUUCCGAUGGACACGAGCGCGGUGGAGAAGGCGAGGCGCGAGGCGGCGUCGAAGGGCAAAGGAAAGAAGGGCAAGGACGGCAAGGGCAGGAAGGGCAAGGGCGGCGACAACUCCACGGACCAGAAGAGCCAGGCGGCCAAAGACAGGGCCGAGAGACGAUGCUUCCACUGCCACAAGACAGGUCACGUCAAGAGCGAGUGCAGGAAGUUCCUCGCAGAGCAGAAGAAGAAGAAGGGCACCAACGCAGUCGAGCAGGAGUCGAAGCCGACGGGAGCUCCACCAGCGGCGAGCGCCGCGGGGAGCGCGGCGCCAGUGAUGGCGAUCGCAACCGAAAGCAGCCCGAUCGAGCAGCUGAGCCAGCCAGAGGCGUCAAGCGAGCACGCGCAGCCGAGGCAGCCAUUCUUGGUCGGGGCCAGUCCGAUCGAGCAGCUGAGCCAGCCAGGGGCAGCAAACGAGCACGAGACGUUCGAGAGCAAGGAGAUCGUCGGUAUCAAUGAGCACUGGGUCAUGGUGGAUUCGGGUGCUGCACGAUCGGUGUGUCCGCCGAGUCACGGGGCCCACGAGACGCUCAGAGACCUGAGCGAGCGCAUCAGGCUGGUCGGAGCGAGCGGCGACGACAUCCCGUGCCACGGCGAGCGCUUCGUCACGUACACGAAGGGCGGGCACAAGAUCGGGGUGGACUACAAGGUUGCCGACGUCAAGAGGCCAGUGCUGGGCGUGUCGCAGGCGGUCGACAAGGGUACGUCGUGGGUAUUCACGCCGAGCGGGAGCUACAUGAUCCCGAAGCCGAUCGAGUUCUCGGACCCAGACGCCGUGCCGCUGGUCAGGCGCAACGACCUGUUCUACCUCAAGAUGGACAGGUACGGUGAAGGCGUCAAGAACUCGCUCGUCAUGCCGCCAGCAGCGCAGGCAGAGCUCGAGGAGUCCGUGCCAGUCCGAGUCAAGAAGGAUCCAGUGAAGCCAAGUUUGGCCGAGCAGAGGACGCACGAGCUGGUGCACAUCCCUGCGAGGUCCUGGUGCUGGGUGUGCGUCAGAUCCAAGUUCACGGACGACCCACACUACAAGGCUGGGCACGAGCGCACGGGCGACGAGGUCCAGAUCGACUACUACUUCCUGGGCCAGCUGAGCAUCCUCAACAUGGUGCACAUGAACUCCCAGGCUAUUCAUGGCAUCAUGGGGCCGAAGGGUACCGACGCCUACAUGAUCAAGACAGCGGUCGCCACCAUCGAGAACUGGGGGCUGGGUCGCAUCGUGCUGAAGCACGACCAGGAGGCGUCGAUCACGGCCCUGGCGAGGGAGAUCAAGGCUCAGAGGAAGGCGCCCACGAUGAUCGAGUCGGCUCAGCGGGCUAACCAUCAGGGAGUUGGUGGAGUGGAGCGCGCCAACGAGGAGCUCGGCAAGCAGAUCAGGGCGCUGCUGUUCUCGGUGGGCGACAACUACAAGCGGGAGCUCCCAGCCGAGCAUGGGCUUCUACCUUGGCUCAUUCGGCACGCUGGCUGGCAGCUCAACCGCUUCACGAUGCACGGCAACGGCAAGACGACCUACGAGGUGCUCAAGGGGAGGCCGUAUCGGGGCGAGCUCGUCAACUUCGCGGAGUGCGUUUGGGCGAGGGACCCCGCGCCGACCUCCAAGCUGCAGCCUCGGUGGCACGCGGCGGUGUGGCUGGGCAAGACAGAGGUCUCGGACGAGCACCUGGUGGCGGGUCCGACGCGCACGACAAGGGUACGCACGGUGAGACGGCGGCCGGAGGGUGAGCGGUUCGUGCUGGAGGAGCUGGACAAGUUCGCUGGGGUGCCGUGGGACAUGCACCGAGCUCCACAGAUCGGCAUUGUGCCGACGGGGGCGCCCCAGGUGGAGCCGAACCAGCAGCGGCUGCUGCCGCCACCUCCGCCACCGCCAGUGGUCUUGCCAGCCGCGGGCCCGGAGGCGCUGGUGCCACCAGCGAUGGUCGGGCCGGCGCCGCCCACGGGGCCAGGAGGCGCAGGGCUGAGGUCGACGUACAUCACGAGAGCGCUGAUCGACAAGUACGGCUGGACCCCCAUGUGCCCGAGGUGCGUCACAGGCAUGGGAUCGCACAGCGAGGAGUGCCGGAAGAGGAUCGAGAACGAGCUGCGCAAGGAGGAAAUGGCCAGGGCAGCGGCGGAGGCCGCGCCCUCGUCGGCAGCGGCGGGGGCUGCGCCGACGCCGGCGGCGGCUGGAGCCGCGCCGGGGCCAGCGGCUGGAGCUGGAGACGGCAGGCCAGGAUCGUCCGGGGAUGCCAGCAUGGCACCCCGCGAUGACCAGGGCGAGGCUUCGGCGAAGAGGCCGCGCCAGACAGCGGCGAUCACAGUCGGGUCGCUCGCGGUCGGGGCCUUCGUGGAGAUCAACCCCUGCACGUACGAGGGCCUAGACCAGCAGUCUCACGAGGAGCUCGAGACGGUCACGGAGAUCGAGAGCUGCGAGCCGCUGGAGAUCGGGAUGUUCGAGGUCAGCCCCGUCGAGCCAGCGGCGAUCACGGUCCUGCCAGACGCGGAGAAGCACGUGUACGACGCGAGGAGCGGGAAGGAGCUCCCCAGGGACCUGGUCAGGCGCGGACGCGAGGCCGAGAUCGAGGAGAUGCGGCGACACGGCGUCUUCGAGGAGGUCCGCGUGGCCGAGAGUCGGGGCAAGCGCAAGAUCAGGUGGACGGGCAAGGGAUUCGUCUGGAUCGGCGACACGAAGCACGUGACGAGAUGCGUGGAGCUGCUGGGCCUUACGGAGUGCAAGCCAGCGGACACGCCUGGGAGCAAGGCCACGGGCAAGAGCGUCCGGGAGGCGCUGGACCCACUUCCACACGACGAGGCGAAGCUCUACCAGCAGGUCGCGGGGCUCGUCAACUACGUGGCGGUAGACAGGCCAGACAUCCAGUUCGCAGUGAAGGUGAUCCUCACGGACACGGGGAAGCCCACAGUCAUCAGCAUGCUUAGGCUGAGGCGGUGUGUGCGGUAUCUCCACGGUCGGCGCGAGCUCGGGUGGUUCUACGAGAAGCAGGAGAUGCCGAAGGAGAAAUCGACCAGCUCCGUGUAUGGCUUCUUCGGCAGCCACCUCCUGGAGACCCAGGUGGCAUCGCAGCCCGUCGUCGCGCUCAGCAGCGGAGAGGCCGAGUUCUAUGCCAUCGGCCGAGGCGCGGCGAGUGCGAUCAUGAUGCGGCAGUUCUAUCAGCAGUGUGGCAUCGAGGUCGCGUCGAAGGUUCACAGCGACUCGAAUGCAGGCAGGGCGAUCGCGACACGGAUUGGCAGUGGCAAGGUACGGCAUCUACAGAUACGGGACCUGUGGGUGCAGGAACGAGUCAGGCUCGGCGAGUUGCAGCUCGGGCGAGUCGACACGGAGAGCAACAGGAGCGACUUGGGGACCAAGCAUCUGGACGGCAAGCGGGUGCUCAAGUUGCUGGAGAUGUCCAACCUGCGGCUUCUGACCAAGGGGCUCGCCGCAGGUGUGGGCGUCACUUUCGCGGAGGCGGCCGAGCAUGGAGACAAGCAGUGCUCUGCAGCCGCCGACGACGAGGUCGAGUCGAACAUCGGCUCGAUCGUUCUCGCCGUGAUCAUGUUCAUCGUCGUGCUGGUGCUCAUGGUCAAGGGCGCAGUUGUGUGCACGAGAGGGGCGGUGCAGCUCUUCUCAUCGAGGGCGGCGAGUGCUGCCCCACCAGCGGGAGCGGCGAGGGCUGCCCCGCAGGCCGACGGCACGGCGAGGCCCGAGGCGGCGUCGAAGGACGCGCCUGAGGGGCAUGUCGUUUCUCGGGCAGCGGCGAUAGCUGCGCCUGAGCAGGUCGCCGAAGGGCGAGACCUCGGUACGGAGUACCUCGGGGAGAUGCUGGCUGAGGCCACCGUGGCAGAGCUCAAGGAGGAGCUCAGGUGGCGGAAGCUGCCAGUGAGCGGCUUGAAGGCGGACCUCAUCGUCCGUCUGACGAGGGACGGCGGCCAGCACAUGGCCAGCAGUGAGGGGCUGGCUGCAGCGGCGUGGGCCGCGCGGCUGGUUCCAGGCAGAGUGCCCAUCCGAGCGUUCCGCUCGGACGCUAGCCUAGGCGCGCACCUAGGCGCGCUUCUCAGCAGCACGGGGUAG